CACGCCCGUGUAAAGGGCUCACUAGGGCAUCAUGGACCAGAGGAGAAUUCCAAGAAGGGCACCAUGGGUGGAAUAGGAGGAGGAGAAAAGGAAGGAGGGAGCCGGCACUUUUCUGAGCUUUUGAAGAUGGACAGAACGGACGAUGAGAUGGAACCUUGUGUGAAAGCAAACAGAGUUGGGCGAGAGAGUGGAUUGGAGAAUGUGUCCAGUGGCAGUUCCUCCGCCCUCCCUCUGCAGCUGAAGGCUAUGGUCCGAAUCCGGAGUAAGUAUCUGCGCCGAAUGCGUCCUGAACACGGCGCGAGUCCCUCCAGCCCAGAACCCACCACUGCCACCCGGCCAGAGCGUUCCGCAAGCCCCCACCGCCGCAAGGGCCGCAGGAGAAUGUCUCGGGUGAUGUUCCCCAGUGACAGGAAGAAGUACCUGCCAAAAAACAGAGACCGGAGUCGGGUCAAGCUCUUCCUCUUUCUCUUCUUCAUUGUCGUCUUCCUGCAGGUUUACAACGCCAUUGAGAAUCUGGACGACCAUGUGGAGAAGUAUGACUUGGACGGUUUGGAGAGAGCACUGUACAGGGAGGUGUUUGGCCAGCAGGAGACGCUGGAGACGUUAAUGUACCACCUGAAUGACUACCUGUCCACCUAUGCCCACCAGCGCCCCCUUGUGCUGUCCAUGCAUGGUGCAUCAGGAGUGGGCAAAAGUCACCUGGGACGCCUGCUGGCACGACAUUUUCGUUCUGUGGUGGGCAACGACCUCGUGGUGCAGUAUUUCACCCUGCACCACUGCCCCCUACAGGAGAGUCCAGAAAACUGCACCUCGAAGCUCAUCCGCCGCGUUACCAAAGUAGUGACCCAGGCCGAGGAGGAGGAGCGAAUCCCACUCUUUGUCCUGGACGAGGUGGAGCUGAUGAGACCGCCUUUGCUGGACAUGCUGCGGACGCUAAUGCAGCCUAAGCAGACCAAUGAGUUUCUGAACGUCGUCUAUGUCCUCCUCAGCUCCCUGGGAGAAGAAGAGAUCACGGCUUACUAUUUGCAGAAUGCCUCGGCCUCCGGGGCAGAACAGCUGCUCAGGCAAACCCUGGGGAAGCUCCACCCACUAUGGGAGGAGCCAGGGGUGGAGAUCAUCCCGCUAACCCUGCUGGAGCGGAGUCAUGUGGUACAGUGCUUCCUGGAGGAAAUGACGGACGAAGGAUUUUACCCUGACCCCGCCAACGUGGAGAGACUGGCGGGGGAACUGGCCUAUCACAGGGCAGGAGGGAAAGAGUACGCAAAGACGGGCUGCAAACAGGUGGUGGCCAAAGUUAACCUACUGUGAAAGAGAGAGAGGGAGGCAAAGGGACGAGGGAGAAUGUAAGCGGGUAUGUGCAGUACUAGUGAAUGUAUAAACACCAAAAGCGAGAGAGAGAGAGAGAGAGAGAGAGAGAGAGAGAGAGACCAUCAUGUCUCUGAUUUUUUUACCUCAGUAGGACAUGUUUUUGAGUUUGAGUUAAGCCUCACAUUAAAGGGUCUAUAUAAUGUAAA